AUGUGUCACUGGCGAAGAGUUCGUAAUACGUACAGCCAAUGCGGCCAUGUUUUCGACUUGGCCGACGAAAUGAUCCGAUGUGAUGAUCGUUAUUGCAAAUUUAGCUCAUCUCAUCCAACUAAUUGCGUGCCACCUUCAUGCACGACAACAUGCUGGCAAUAUCGCCAGUUCCCCCAACAAUUUAACCGUUUCAUUGACUCAGUUUGUCCUGGUUGUACACAGCAAGGCCAAGGCAGAUAG